AUGGCUCGUUUGCUCGUUUGCACAUUCCUGCUGUCCGCGGUUUCCAUCGCCCUCAUCCACGGUGCAACGAUCGCUAGCGGUCCGGGCAGGAAGCUGAACAUUCCCGCCUUCAACAAUGCAGGCAAAACGGUUGGCUUGGAGGUAUGGCGUGUUGAGAACUUCCAGCCCGUAGUCAUCCCCAAGGCAGAGCAUGGAAAAUUCUACACCGGCGAUUCGUACAUCGUGAUGAACACGAAGGAAGACAAGAAUAAGCUCAAAUCGCACGACAUCCACUUCUGGCUCGGAACGAAAACUACCCAAGAUGAGGCCGGUUCUGCGGCGAUCCUGUCCGUCCAGCUGGACGACAUGUUGGGCGGUGUGCCGGUACAGCACCGAGAAGUCGAAGGUACGGAAUCGGAUCUGUUCCUCGGCUACUUCAAGGGUGGUGUGCGGUAUCUUGAGGGUGGCGUUGCCAGUGGCUUCAAGCACGUAACCACCAACGAUCCGGGCGCGAAGCGGCUCUUCCACAUCAAGGGCUCGAAAAACAUCCGCGUGCGGCAGGUAGAGCUAGCGGUGUCGGCCAUGAACAAGGGUGAUUGCUUCAUACUGGAUGCGGGUCGUGAAAUUUACGUGUACGUUGGACCCCAUGCAGGGCGCGUGGAGAAGCUGAAGGCUAUCAAUUUCGCCAACGAUCUACGCGAUCAGGACCAUGCCGGACGGUCGAAGGUGCACAUUAUUGAUGAGUUUUCCACGCUGACGGACCAGGAGAACUUCUUCACGAUUUUGGGCUCCGGAUCACCGACCCUGGUGCCGGAUCAAUCGACGGCUGCAGCUGAUGCCGCUUUCGAGAAGACGGAUGCGGCACGAGUGCAGCUGUACCGCGUAACCGAUGCAAAGGGUAAACUAGCCGUCGAACCGAUCACUGAGCGCCCGCUGAAGCAGGAGUUCCUCAAGCAGGAGGAUUCCUUCAUCCUGGACACUGGCAGCGGUCUGUACGUGUGGAUCGGCAAGGGAGCGACCCAGCAAGAAAAGACACAAGCGCUUGCCAAGGCGCAGGAGUUUAUCGGCUCCAAGAAGUACCCGGCCUGGACACCGGUCGAACGGAUUGUGCAGAACGCUGAAACGGCUCCAUUCAAACACUUCUUCCAGACCUGGCGCAUUGCUGGAUCGAACCAAUCGCGUUUGGUGUAA